AUGUUCGUGGACAGCUUCUCGCGGUGGAUGAAGCUGUACGUGAUGAGGCGCAUGUCGGACACCCUCGCCUUCGUCAAGAAGUUCCUCGCCGACGUGAGUGGCAACGGUGUCCCUCGCUCCUUCCGGAUGGACAACGGGGGGGAGUUCGUCAGCCGCGACUUCAUCCUUCUGCGACAACGCCGGCAUCCGCCGCACGUAAACANGAUGAGGCGCAAGUCGGACACCCUCGCCUUCGUCAAGAAGUUCCUCGCCGACAUGAGUGGCACCGGUGUCCCUCGCUCUUUCCGGAUGGACAACGGGGGGGAGUUCAUCGGACGCGACUUCAUCGCCUUCUGUGACAACGCCGGCAUCCGCCGUACGUACACGGCGCCGGGCACCCCGCAGCAGAAUGGUCCGGCGGAGUGUGCGAUCUGGCGCGUGAACAAGGCCGGCCACGCCGCUCGACUCGAGGCACGCCGCCUGUUCCCCAAGGUGGACUUCACCCGCGUCCCCGGAUUCGGACGCGAUGGCGAGCGGCUUUGGCUAGAGUCGUGUCACUGGGCUGCCGGCGGCUCCAACCGUUCUCCGACCAAGGCAAACGUCGGGUACAAGUCGCCGCACGAGCUCUUCACCGGUCGCCCGCCCCCGGUCCAGAUCGUCCCGUUCUUAGAGCCGGGGUAUAUGCGUGUGAUGCGCGCGCGGAGAUGGAUCCCCAGGCAGUGCUGUGCUGCUACCUCAACAACGGCGACGACCAUCACGAGUCGGCAGUCAAGAGCCUCAAGCGCCGCCGGCAACUUCCACACCACCAUCGCCGGCGGCGCCGUCUACCGCAGCCACACCAUCGCCACCGGUGCGACGCCGCUCGCCGCCGCGCCACCGUUCACCACCACCGCGCCGCCUGCAACGCCGUUCACCGUCGUGCCACCGUCUCCCGCCGUCGCGCCGCCCGGUGCCGCGCCAUCGACCAACAUGCCGCCGCUCACUACGAGGACCAUCCGUGAACUGGACGUGGGGCGCGGGGACAUGAGGGUUUCUGGGCGCACGAGGGCAGCCGCUAAGGACCAAGGGGGGGGGCGGGCGUCGUCAAUGCCGCCCCUCUCUGCCAGGGCCAAUCGAGAGCUGGACUUGAGACGAGAGACGCGGGUGCCAGGGAGAUUGGGGGGUCGGGGAGUGCGUUUCCAGGACGGGGGGGGCGAGCGGUCGACGUCACCGGCGGGAGCGGCGACGGUCCCGCCCACCGCUUUGGGCUUGUAUCCCUGCAGGACAAGGCAACGCUCCUGUCGACUCUCACCACUCGCAGCGUCGUCGAUAGGGGGAGAAAGGAGAUCACUAGUUCAGUCGGAGGGAGUGAAGGAGCGGAGCCGGGGGGGCGAGAGCGGGGGGGCACAAAAACAGAAGGACUGCGUGAAGAAGUCCCAUUUGCGUGCGCCACCUUGCUUGCCUCCCGCGAGGACAUUGAUCGCACGAUGAGGGAUUUAAAUCCCCCCGAAGUAGCACCGGACUUUCCACGUUGCUAUGCCAACGACUUGCGCGUGCCCAAAACGUAUAGGGAGGCUGUGUCCUCUGAGUAUGCUGACUUGUAGGUAGUCUCUGUAGGGAGGGAGUUCAGAGGUCUGAUGGAGGCUGGUACCUUUGAGGAAGUGAUGUAGCAACCAGAGAGUGUUAUCAAGGCAUUCACACGGGAGGUGUUUGGUUUGUUUGGGUUUUAUUCAGUGUCUGGCGGAUACGUGUGUGUUUCGGUUGAUCGAGGAGGGAAGAGUGGUAGUGACUCUGGUAGUACAUGUGGACGAUAUAUUUUUGAUUGGAGAGGAGGAGAGGUGUGAACAAUUUGUGAGGGACCUCAACACCAUGGUACCGGUGAAGAAUCUUGGUGUCUUGAGGUGGUACUCUGGAUGUUUUUAUGAGAGGGAUCGGGAUGCAGGGACUUUGAAGAUCUCGCAGCAGACGUACGCUGAAGAGUUGGGGAUGGAGUUUGGGGUAGAUUGCGGGAAGAAAAUUCCUCGUCCUGUAGGGUUGAAGCUUUCAGAGUUUGACCAGGACGAGGAAGUGGUAUCAUGGCCUUUCCGCGAGCUGAUAAGAUUACUGAUGUGGCUGACAGCGCAAGCGAGGCCAGAUAUCGCGAAUGCAGUGAGAGCGGUAGCACAGUACUGUGCUUCUCCCAAAGAAAUACAUUGGAGAGCAGGUCUUGGUACUUUGGGGUAUGUGGUGUGGCGUUUCAUGUUGCCAGAAGCAGGAAGGAGAUUUCGAUUUUUCGCGCGGAAUCAACGUAUCAACAUGCUGACUUCCUUACGAAGGCACUUCACGUCGGAGAUUUUGAGUUCAUCGUAAUUUCGUGAUGAGUGUGGGACCAGGAACGGUAGAUUUGGAUUUAUUUGUGUUUGAUCAAAGAACUAGGGUGGCAUUGUUUUACAUUUUGGCCUAUGGUCUUCUCAAUGAAGGAUGUUCUAGGCUGGGGGGCACUUGGAUCGCUAUGAUUAUCGAAGAACUACAAUUGGAAUGAUCGGGGAUGGAAAUAUAUUUCUAGCCCAGAAGGCUAUUGAUGAAGAUUUGAGUUGUGUUUUGGAUUAUUUUCUUGUGUUCCGGAAAUACUGAAACAUCAUGAAGACAUGGUAUAGUCACAAGCAGGGGGGCUGAUAGA